GGUUAAUAAAGAACACCCCAAAGAAUAAAAAAUAUAAUUCAUUUUUUUUUUCAGUAAGCUCAUCUUUGUUGGGUUUCACUUAGUGCGGUCCAUUCGAAGCCUCUUCCCCUCAUCACAAAAAAACGUAGUAACAUAGAAAAAGGGCGAAUCCCGAUGCAAAAGAAAGUUGCAUUUUCUAUUCAGUGAGAGCGUCAACACUUAAAAAGUACAAAAAUUUCAUCACCCUUUUCAGUUGUACGAUAACAUGCACGCAUCAACUUUUGGUGUUGAAGGUGCCACCUUUGGGAUCACAAGGCAAAAGGGGUUGGUGGGUUUUAGAGAGUUCAGAAAUGGGAGUGUUCUGAGACCCAGAAGAGUGUGCACGACCAAUAGUACUAAUUUCUGCGGUUUAAGGCUUGGUUCUGUCACUAUGGUAACCGAGUUAACUAGAACAAGAGUUGGUUUUGGUGGCAAUGUCGGCUCCUCCACUAAGCCCAGAUCAAUAAGGGUUCAUGCUUCAGAUGGAGACAUUGAGGAUGCCGUCCCAACUAUUCCUCAGGGCAAAUCUUCUGGAACUGUUCUACCCUAUGUUGGUGUUGCUUGCCUCGGAGCCAUUUUAUUUGGCUACCAUCUUGGGGUGGUAAAUGGUGCUCUUGAAUACCUUGCUAAGGAUCUUGGAAUUGCUGAAAACACUGUUCUACAAGGUUGGAUUGUCAGCACAUCACUUGCUGGUGCCACUGUUGGUUCACUUACUGGUGGAGCAUUGGCUGACAAAUUUGGAAGAACUAGGACUUUUCAAUUAGAUGCAAUCCCUCUAGCAAUUGGAGCAUUUCUUUGUGCUACAGCCCAGAGUGUUCAGACAAUGAUCAUUGGUCGCUUACUUGCUGGUAUAGGAAUUGGUGUUACAUCUGCUAUAGUACCACUAUACAUAUCUGAGAUUUCACCCACUGAAAUUCGUGGUGCACUUGGAUCUGUUAAUCAACUUUUUAUAUGUAUUGGAAUUCUUCUGGCACUGGUGGCUGGGCUGCCUCUGGCAGGAAACCCUCUAUGGUGGAGGACAAUGUUUGGCAUUGCAGUAGUUCCAUCUAUUCUGUUAGUACUAGGAAUGGGAAUUUCUCCAGAAAGUCCCCGUUGGCUUUUUCAGCAAGGAAAAAUCUCUGAAGCUGAAAAGGCUAUUAAAACACUCUAUGGAAAAGAAAGAGUUGCUGCGGUUAUGCAUGACUUAACAACAGCAAGUCAAGGUUCUUCUGAACCUGAAGCAGGGUGGUUUGAUCUGUUUAGUAGCCGAUAUUGGAAAGUUGUCAGUGUUGGGGCAGCACUAUUCUUGUUCCAGCAGUUUGCUGGAAUAAAUGCUGUAGUAUAUUAUUCAACUUCUGUGUUCCGUAGUGCUGGAAUUGCUUCUGACAUUGCAGCAAGUGCCUUGGUUGGUGCAUCAAAUGUUUUUGGAACUGCUGUUGCUUCCACCUUGAUGGACAAACAAGGAAGGAAAAGUCUCCUUAUCACAAGCUUUAGUGGGAUGGCUGCUUCUAUGUUGCUUCUUUCUCUGUCUUUUACUUGGAAGGUCCUUGCACCGUACUCUGGCACCCUUGCUGUCCUUGGAACUGUUCUCUAUGUCCUAUCCUUCUCUCUUGGUGCUGGUCCUGUGCCAGCCCUUCUUCUACCGGAAAUAUUUGCUUCAAGAAUUAGAGCAAAAGCAGUUUCUUUGUCAUUAGGCACGCAUUGGAUCUCCAACUUUGCCAUCGGCCUCUAUUUCUUGAGUGUUGUAAACAAGUUUGGUAUCAGCUCAGUAUACUUGGGAUUCUCAGCUGUUUGUGUCCUUGCUGUUAUGUACAUAGCUGGCAAUGUUGUGGAAACAAAGGGUCGAUCAUUGGAGGAAAUAGAACGCGCUCUUAGUCCUGCAACAUGAAAAUCUUCCAGAAAAUGCUUGUGGUCAUAAAUCCUACGCUACUCAAAGCAUUGUUUUUCUUUUUUACUCUUGCUACUUAUUUAUUCUACACAUCUGUCUUGCAAGAGUAUAGCCAGGGCUAGCUUUUCAUUGUGACCAAAUUUUGUUCAAGUGCAAAUAUGGGAACAAUAAUGUGAGCUUUGGCCAAGCAUCUUCAACAAUUCAGUACUAUCUUUAUAAACUGACAGUUUCUGUCACAAUGUAUGGUAGGCGCAAGCAAGAACAUUAUCACUUCAAAUGUCAGACUGAAUAACUUGCAGUGACCUUCCUUUGAUGUAAUAAACAAGUAAUGUUGACACUAAUUGUAUGCUUCUGAGUUUCUGGAAGAAAUAAAUAAUAAUUUUGGAUUUG